GAGGCACGAGACCCGAGGCAGGCCGGCUCGAGCAGAGCGGACACAGCCCCCUGGACAAGCUUCCCCUGGAGAAGCCAAGGUCAUCCUCCCUGACCUCAGCCUCCUCCCCACACCCGGCUGAGGGGGAGACCCACUUCUGGGCCUCCUUCCGUUCGCAAAGCCACUUCCAGCCCACAAGUCCCCACCCCAGGACCCAGCACCCUCACGAUGGUGAAGUUGCUGCCUGCCCAAGAGGCAGCCAAGAUCUACCACACCAACUACGUGCGUAACUCGAGGGCUGUGGGCGUGAUGUGGGGCACACUCACCAUCUGCUUCUCCGUGCUGGUCAUGGCGCUCUUCAUCCAACCCUACUGGAUCGGGGACAGCGUCAACACGCCCCAGGCGGGCUACUUUGGCCUCUUCUCCUACUGCGUGGGCAACGUGCUGUCUUCUGAGCUUAUCUGCAAGGGUGGCCCGCUGGACUUCUCCUCUAUCCCUUCUAGAGCCUUCAAGACGGCCAUGUUCUUUGUGGCCUUGGCCAUGUUCCUCAUCAUUGGCUCCAUUAUCUGCUUCAGCCUGUUCUUCGUCUGCAACACGGCCACUGUCUACAAGAUCUGUGCGUGGAUGCAGCUGGCUGCGGCCACAGGCCUGAUGAUCGGCUGCCUGGUCUACCCAGACGGCUGGGACUCAAGUGAGGUCCGGCGCAUGUGUGGGGAGCAGACAGGCAAAUACACGCUGGGGCACUGCACCAUCCGCUGGGCCUUCAUGCUUGCCAUCCUCAGCAUUGGAGAUGCUCUCAUCCUCUCCUUCUUGGCUUUCGUGCUGGGCUACCGUCAGGACAAGCUGCUCCCUGAUGACUAUAAGGCCGACGGAAAAGGUAAUUCUCUCCACCCCAGGGAGCCGAGGCUUCCUCUGCCAGUUGCCUGAGGUGUGUCCCCUGGCCAAGAGUGGGGACACCAAGACCAAUCAAACACAGCUCCUGUCCCAGAGCCCAAGGGUCAGUGGAGCGCUGCAGGCUGGCAUGUGAUGAGGCAACGGACAGACCUACGUGGCAGAGGCUGUCUGUGAUAGAAGGGUGUCCCGCGUCCCCCUGCACUCUCAGGGUCUACAGGGGAGAGAGCCCUGGUCCAGCCUGGGGAGCAAGGUGUGGCCUUCCCGUGGAAGGCAGCACUGAGGCUGGGUCUUGGAAUAGCAGGGGAGGCUGCUGGUGGAGAGAGGAGCAAUAGGGGAGCAGAGGGAUGAGUUGCUUUGGAAGGAGGAAAGGCAGGUGAGGGUGCAGAUGUGACUGCUCCUGGACUUCAGGUGAUGGGAGCCUAGCUCCCUUGGAUUAGAGUCAACUUGGGAUUCUCCAUAUAUCCGUUUUCUGAUCUGAGCUUCACUUCCGUUCAUUAGGGGGUAGGAGGCAGGUUUUUCCUCAUUUGUAAAAAAUACCUAC